AUGAAGCAAACUUCUUCGCUAGUGAUGGAUAGCUCCAAGGAUUCAAAAAGAGAAAAACUUAAAGCUAAAAUUGUCGAAUUGGAGUUGUGCAACGAUCAGUUAUAUAAUGCUGACGAGUCGGGGUUAUUCUGGAAACUUUUGUCAGAGAAAACGUACGAAUCAAGUUUGGAGAAGAGAACCCCAGGAGUAAAGUGCGAGAAGCAGCGUAUGACGUUUUUAUGUUGUUCAAACGCCAAUGGAUCCCACAAGCUUAAGCUUUUGGUAAUUGGAAAGGCGAAGAAUCCACGCUGCUUUAAAAACUUUCAGUGUCCCACCGACUAUAAGAGCUCGGAAUCCACCUGGAUGACGUCGGCUAUUUUCCAGCAAUGGUUUCAUGAGUCAUUUGUUCCACAGGUUACAUUGUUUUUAAAGGAGAAAGCCUUACCAAUUAAAGCUCUCCUCCUAAUCGACAACGCUCCUUCUCACCCAAAUGAAGCUAAACUGUCAACGGAGAAUGGGCAAAUUUCAGCAAUGUUUAUGCCACCAAACCUUACUCCCGUCAUUCAACCGAUGGAUAAGAACGCAAUAAAAAUCACUGAGUUGCAUUACAGAAACAUCCUUCUAGCUUCA